AUGCCUGGUCUAGAGCGAAGUCUGAUAGAGCAUCGGUUGCCUAUUAAAAAAGGUUUCAAGCCCUACAAGCAACCUCCAAGGUGUAUGAGUCCUGAUUUAAUGCCUCAAAUCAAAGAGGAAAUUCAGAAACUUCUUAAAGUAGGUUUCAUCCGGCCUUUCCGUUAUGCAGAUUGGUUGGCCAACAUUGUUCCAGUGGUUAAAAAGAAUGGAAACAAAUCGGGUGCGGGUAUUUUGUUGAAAGGACCAGAUGGUCAAAGGGUCAAGUUACAGUUGCAAUUAGAAGCCAUGACCCAUAAUUCGGCAGAGUAUGAAGCUUUAAUCUUGGGAUUGGAAGCCUUAAUAGCCAGGAACAUUCAAUCCGUGAUUAUAAGAGGGGAAUCUCAAUUGGUAAUCAACCAGAUACAGGGAUACUGUAGGUCGGUUGCUAUCAAGAAUCUCCGAAGUGAUAAUUGA